ACCCUCAACACCCACCCUACCCCCCACCCCCACCCUCAUACCUCUAUUUAUAACACCAUACUCCAUUUUCUCUUCAUUCAACUUCCCUCGCCUCAUAUUCUCCGCCUACCAUUUCCCCUAAACCUCAAAAGGAAAAAUGGGUUUUCUUGGAGCUUUGUUGGUCGGUUUUCUUGCAAUGGUUUCACAUGUUCAUGGGUAUGGAGGGGGUUGGAUUGAUGCCCAUGCAACCUUCUAUGGAGGGAGCGAUGCUUCUGGAACAAUGGGUGGGGCUUGUGGGUAUGGGAAUCUCUACAGCCAGGGGUAUGGUACAAACACUGCAGCGUUGAGCACAGCCCUUUUCAACAAUGGGCUGAGCUGUGGCUCAUGUUAUGAGAUCAGGUGUGUGAAUGAGAGGAGAUGGUGCUUGCCAGGGUCAAUUGUGGUGACUGCCACCAAUUUCUGCCCCCCAAACAAUGCCUUACCCAACAAUGCAGGGGGGUGGUGCAACCCUCCCCUCCGCCACUUUGACUUGUCUCAGCCUGUCUUCCAACACAUUGCUCAGUACAAAGCUGGAAUUGUCCCUGUUUCUUACAGAAGGGUACCCUGCAGAAGAAGGGGUGGUAUCAGGUUCACAAUCAACGGCCACUCCUACUUCAACCUAGUACUCAUAACCAACGUCGGCGGUGCCGGCGACGUACAUGCAGUUUCCAUCAAGGGAUCGAGGACCGGUUGGCAGCCCAUGUCAAGAAACUGGGGCCAAAAUUGGCAAAACAACGCAUACCUCAACGGUCAAAGCCUCUCGUUUAAGGUCACCACGAGCAAUGGCCAAACCGUCGUCUCCUACAACGCAGCCCCAGCAAGUUGGUCCUACGGCCAGACCUUUGCCGGAGCUCAAUUCCGUUGAGACGGAUGGACGUUGGUGUGGAGAGACUACCCACGACUAGAUGGACUACUCUUUUCCCUAAUGGGAGUUAGGUGUUUGGACAUUCUACCAAUAUAUUGGUCACUAGUAUUAGUAGUGUGACUUAUUUGCAAUUCUAGUAAAAUUAAGGGGCCAAAUUUUAAAUGGUCCUUGUCUUUUGAGUUUGAAAGGAGGGUGGAUUUUCUUUUUUUGUUUUUCUAAUUUUUGUCUGUUUAUUGUCCCUCUGUGUUGUAAGGGAGACGGUUGCUGAGGUGGAUUUAUUACCACCCGCUUUCAGAUUAAGUAGUAGUAGUAAUUAUAGUACUCUUUUUAUAGUACACUUUGCUGUGGUUGGUUUUGUAUGAAAGCAAGAUGUAAAUUCAAUUUGACUAGUAAUGAAAUGGCUUGUUUCUACCUA